CCAUGAUCCACCUCGUCCUUCGUCCUUUCGGUCCUCUCGCUUCUCCUGCUUAACAUUUGAAUUGGACCCCGUCGAUCCUAAUGAUUAUGAUCCUGCGGUACAAGGCACGAGAGGGGACUUGUCAUGGACUUCCCCAAUCAUUAAGUCGCCCUCGUCGGCCUCCCGCCCCAAGGACGAGUCAGACUGCUUGACAUCGACACUUUUGCGAUCCACAUGCAUGCACAGGCAUCAUGGACUUCCACAGGCAUAUCCAGCAUGAGAGAACAGUCCGAUCGUGCACCCCCUCUUUUAAAUACCAUUGUUGUGGGUAUGAGCGUGUCAGGCCUGUGAUGAUCGAUUGUUACAUUCAAGUAGCUGACCUUCGUCCUCUGCUCUCUACCCUACACAGUUCGAUUGUUGAUAUUCUUCUCAAUAUCGUCUCUUUGACUGCUAUUGACGGUGCGACCUAUCCAUCAUGUCUGAUCCCUCCCCAACCUUCGAUAUUCCCAAAGAGUGCUGGGCCGGUGUUGUAAAAAAUGAAGGACCCGACUUCUACGUCGAAGUCGAGAAGAUCCCAGUGCCUAAGAUUGGCCCCCAGGACGUCCUCAUCAAAUUGAACGCGACCGGCCUCUGUCUCAGUGACAUCCACUACAUGCUCAACGACUGGGCCAUGCCCACGAUGUCCCACUUCGGCACCAAAUGUGCCGGCCACGAGGGCGCAGGCGUCAUCGUCCAAGUCGGCGACCAGGUCAAGAACUUGAAAGUCGGACAACGGGCUGGGUUUAAACCCAUUCAAGAUGUCUGCCAUUCUUGCGAGUAUUGCAGGACAGGCAGGGAGACAUACUGCACCAAGGCAGUUUUGACGGGGAUUCACUGUGAUGGAACGUACAAGCAAUAUGUUGUUUCGCCGGAGAGCUAUACAACUCUGAUACCUGACGGCGUGUCUGACUACAUCGCCGGCCCCGUGAUGUGCUCCGCCUCGACGAUCUACUCAUCUCUCAAGGAGUCCGAGUUGAAACCAGGGCAAUGGGCCGUUUUCCCCGGCGGCGGUGGUGGCGUGGGUAUCCAGGGCGUCCAACUUGCUGCGGCCAUGGGUCUGCGACCGAUUGUGGUCGAUACCGGCGACGAUCGGCGGAAGCUCGCCCUUAGUCUGGGGGCGGAGGAAUUCGUCGAUUUCAAGGAAGAAGGUGACCCGGUAAAGAAAGUGGUCGAACUGACAGACGGUGGAGCGCAUGGUGUUUUUGUCACGGCUGUGCAAUCAUACCCGAUCUCGCUAGGCUAUCUAGGAAUGAGAGCUGGAGCAAAGGUCAUGUGCAUCGGUAUUCCACCCGCCGGCAAAUACCACAUCGACCUGGACCCUACAGCUCUGGUUUUCCGUGGACAACAACUCCGGGGUACUCUGGUCAGCAGUAUGGCUGAUGUCGAUGAGACGUUGGACUUUGCGAGACGGGGCAAACUCCAUCUCGAACCCACAGUUGUCGGCCUGAGCAAGUUCAACGAAGCGGUGCAGAAGCUGAAGAAUGGACAGGUUGCUGGGCGCAUGGUUGUGGAUUUUAACAUACCGUGAUGAGGAGGGAUGAGAUGAAGCCAGGUCAAUAGCCAUGAGGCAAAUGAUAACUGGACGAGUUGCAGGAAAACAUUUCGGCAUCACCUAUUGGCUUGAGAAAGAGGUGAUCCUGAUGAGUAUGGCAGCUGACCACGGAGUACCAUCCAUACUGUAACGCCACUCGUAUAUUCGCCGCGUAUCCCCUCGUCGUCGUCAACGUCUAGCAAUGUCCACCAGCAGAUCUCCAAGGAGAUGGAAG